GCAGACGACGUGACUUUCCCUGCGUAAUUCGCAGUCAGACAUGUUGCGACUGACGAUCAUCGCGUGCUCGCUACUACUCGCGGUUAGCGCCGAUGUGAACAGCACUUGGUGGAAAAAUGCCGUCGUGUACCAAAUCUAUCCGAGGAGUUUCAAAGACAGCAACGGAGACGGGAUCGGCGAUCUGAAUGGAAUCAGCAGCAAGCUGGAGCAUAUCGCUGACAUCGGCGCGAACGCUCUAUGGCUGUCGCCGAUCUACAAGAGUCCGCAGGUCGAUUUCGGUUACGACAUCGCCAACUAUACCGACGUCGAUCCAGAUUAUGGAACGCUGGCGGAUUUCGACAGGCUGGUAACCAAGGCUAGGUCCCUCGGGCUCAAAGUGAUCCUGGACUUCGUGCCUAAUCACAGCUCUCACGAACAUCCGUGGUUCAAGAAGAGUAUUCAAAGGAUCAAGCCCUACGACGAAUACUACGUCUGGCGAAAUGCCAGUAUCGUUAACGGGACCAGACAACCGCCAAACAACUGGCUGAACAACUUCCAGGGCUCAGCGUGGGAGUGGAACCAAGUCCGUCAGCAGUACUACCUGCAUCAGUUCUCAGUGGGUCAACCAGACUUGAAUUAUCGUAGCCCGGCCUUGAGAGAGGAGAUAUCCAACGCGUUGUCCUUUUGGAUGAAUCGCGGGGUAAGUGGUUUCCGUAUCGACGUCAUGAAUCACUUGUACGAGGACGCGAGGUUUCCGAAUGAACCGAGCGCAAACAGAACCGAUCUCCCCAAGGGCGAUUACGACAGCUUGGUCCAUAUUUACACGAGGGAUCAGAACGAGAACUUCGACGUGUUGAGAAGCUGGAGAAAGCUACUGGACGAACACUCGAAUAGAACCAGGUCUGACCCGAAGAUGAUCCUCACGGAGGCGUACACGAGGCAGGAGCUGAUGGUCAAGUUCUACGAAGCCGGGUCCACGGUUCCCUUCAACUUCAUGUUCAUCACGGACUUGGACAAUCGAUCGAGCGCAGCGGACUUCAAAAGACUGAUCGACAGGUGGGUGAGCACCGUACCGAAGGACAGCGUAGCGAAUUGGGUCGUGGGCAAUCACGAUAACCAUCGCGUGGCCACGAGAUUCGGUAGCAAACGAGCUGAUCAGAUUUCCAUGCUGGCGAUGAUCCUACCCGGCGUGGCGGUUAUUUACAAUGGAGACGAAAUCGGAAUGGAGGAUAGGAAUUUCACCUACGCCGAAACCAUCGACGUUGCCGGCUGCAGACUCGGUCCAAACCGGUACUACUUGAAAUCCAGAGACCCCGAAAGAACCCCGUACCAAUGGGACAAUACCACCAGCGCUGGAUUUUCCGAUAGAUUGCUUACCUGGCUCCCGGUGAACAGCAAUUACAGAACCCUGAACCUGGCAGCUCAGAAGCGUCAAGUCGUUUCUCACUACGCAGUGUUCAAAGCUCUGACCGCGUUGAAGAACAAGCUUGUGAUUGCGAGUGGCAGCUUAAACGUUACCGUGGUCAACGGAAACGUCUUGGGCGUUGUUCGUAGGUUUGGACUGAGCAUCGUGGCGCUUUUGAUCAACUUGUCCGAUGUUCCAGUCGUAGUAAACGCAAGAGUCAGCAUGGGUCUUCCUUCUGACAUGGUGGUUUACACCUCCAGUGUUGGUUCCAACAUCCAAACGGGUAGCUGGGUUUAUCCGAUGGCAUUGUCUCUCCCUGCCUCUGCCUCCGUCGUCUAUACCACUCCCAAUCUACCUUGGAACUGACUCGAGAAUCCUUUCAUCGAUUUUCACCGAUAUCCACCUAGACGCGCUUCUAUCCUCGCGUUUUAAUAUCGUUAAUAAAUUACUCGAUAAAUUAUGCACCAUUAUUUAACUAUGCCGUCG